AUGUCCGAUCUAAGUCUGGCAGAGGAUAAGUUGGGAAGUUUUUCUGAGGAUCCUGAACUUUUCACAGAGGAGUUUACUGGGUUAAUGAGAUCUUUUGAUCUCACCUGGGGGGAUUUACAGAUCUUAUCCCACUGCUACACCCCUGAGAAAGAACAGCAUGUAAUACUGGCAGCCAGAGCCCAUGCUGACCAAGUGGCAGCCCAAGCCCAAGAGGGCCAUACAGUACAGCAGGUGGGAAACAACGCUGUCCCCGAAGCAGAUCCACAAUGGAAUGGCCAGAUAAAUUUUAUUGUGAAAGAAGACCAACAGGGACCAGAUGAAAAUCCUACAGUUUUUCAAGGGAGAUUAGUGGAAGCUUUUAAAAAGUAUACAAAUGUGGAUCCCUCCUCCCCUGAGGGACAGGCCCUUUUGGCUCUGCAUUUCAUAGCCCAGUCUGCCCCAGACAUCAGGGAUGUGGCCAAAAAGACUGAACGCACCCAGAGAGAUAAACGAAAAGCCCAAAUGAUGGCAAUGGCUUUGUCCACUCAGAGACCACCAAAGGGGAGGCCAGGCUUUCUAGCCAGGAAAUUGGAAGAGGGAAUGCCCCAGAUGCCAGAGAGCGAGGGGGACCCCUCGUCCUUUGAUGGUUUCACAAUCAAAGGAGUGAGGGGGUCCAAGGCCCAAGGACGUCUGCGCAUGCCUGCCUGUGACCGGACGCUCGGGAAUGACGUCAGGCCCCUGCGGGUCCACGCUCUCCGGAGCGCCAUGCUGGGCGCGGGGCUCGUGCGGGGCCUGCGGGCAGGGACGCAGGUGUGGCUGUGGGGCUCGCGCGGCCGCUCCCUCACCUUGCCGCACGCGGCCCGUGGGCUCCACGCGGGAGACCGGCGGCCCUCAGCCGGGCGGGGGCCGCUCGAGCGGCGGCCGAGCCUGCCUGCGGCGGCGAUCGUGAACUCGGCGCCCCGCCCUCUGCAGCCCUACCUGCGCCUCAUGCGGUUGGACAAGCCCAUAGGAACCUGGCUACUGUAUCUGCCAUGUACUUGGAGCAUUGGUCUGGCAGCUGAACCAGGUUGUUUUCCAGAUUGGUACAUGUUAUCCCUCUUUGGCACUGGAGCUGUUCUGAUGCGUGGAGCAGGCUGUACUAUUAAUGACAUGUGGGACCAGGACUACGAUAAAAAGGUUACAAGAACAGCAAGUCGCCCAAUAGCUGCUGGAGACAUUUCAACUUUUCAGUCCUUUGUUUUUCUUGGGGGACAGCUGACCUUGGCACUGGGUGUUCUUCUGUGUCUGAAUUACUACAGUAUAGCUCUUGGAGCAGCAUCCCUACUUCUUGUCAUCACCUACCCGCUAAUGAAGAGAAUUACGUACUGGCCUCAAUUAGCCUUGGGGUUGACUUUUAAUUGGGGAGCAUUACUUGGAUGGUCUGCUGUCAAGGGCUCCUGUGAUCCAUCUGUUUGCCUUCCUCUGUAUUUUUCUGGAAUUAUGUGGACUCUAAUAUACGAUACUAUCUAUGCUCAUCAGGACAAGAGAGAUGAUGCUCUGAUCGGGCUUAAGUCCACGGCACUGCUGUUCCGUGAAGAUACCAAGCAGUGGCUCAGUGGCUUCACUGUGGCGAUGCUGGGGGCACUGAGCCUGGUGGGAGUGAACAUCGGUCAGACUGUGCCCUACUACACUGCUCUGGCUGCUGUAGGAGCCCAUCUGGCUCACCAGAUUUACACUCUGGACAUCCACAGACCUGAGGAUUGUUGGGAUAAAUUCACCUCCAACCGAACAACAGGACUAAUAAUUUUUUUAGGAAUUGUCCUUGGGAAUUUGUGGAAAGAAAAGGAGACAGAUAAAACAAAGAAAAAUAUAGAUAAUAGAAUAGAAAAUUAGCAAAUUAAGUUUAUCUGGGGAUUUUUAAAACAAACUUUUACAAAAUACUGUCAGGUCUUAUUACCACAUAACUAGAUUUGAAUAACAGUCUUACAAUAUGUUAAUGAAUUACACACCAGUAGAUGAAGUUUUAGAGCAUUUUUGCCUGGAUUUUAGUUCAACUAUGUACCAGUCAAAUUCUUCCCCGUCACAGAAACCAGGAACUCUUCAGGAUUUGCGAUUACCUGGAGUAUUUAAGUUAUAAUUCUCAUCUGCAGUUACAGGAAUUAUAUGAGUUUCGGCACUUUAGAAAAAAACUUGAUGUGUGUCUCAUCUAAAUGAAUGUCUCUGUAGGAAAAUGGACUCUCUUUUUAGGGCAAAAUAAAGGCUGCUACAGAAAGUUGAGGCUUAUUGUUCUUUGCGUUGACCUUUACUUACUGCCAAAAGCUGUAAUUCAGGAAACUGUUCUGUUUUUUAUAUUUUAGGAGAAUUUAAAUCAGUAAAUAAAAUUUUUUACCUGUUA